UCCAAGUGGAUUGUUCAGUGGAUGUCCAAGGCUUUGGAGACGAACGAGUGACGUUGUCCUCAGUGGCUCUAAUAAAAGUCCAGCUUGGUCCAUGGAAGUUUGAACACGCUGUCUACGUGUCACCGUGGGAAUCAAUUCCAUUUUUGGUUGGCCACGACCUCGUGAACAGGUUCAGACCUGUGGUGGACCACAGCACAAAGACAGCCUGGACUACAGUUAAACGACCACUGCCAAUCAUUUUCCCACCUGAGUGGGACACAGAUUGCUAUGUGAAUCAGACUGAAAACACAGCUGAUCACAAGCAUGAGGACGAGGCAUCGGGGCCCAAGCCCCCAGCCACAGCUGAAAGUACUGAAGAGCAACCAGUGGAACUGGCUCUGAUCCAAGAUGAUCCAGCCUGCCUCUGUGAGCUGAGUCAAUCAGCCAACACAGAACAUUACCU